GUCCAUACGUCGUUAGCAAUACGUCAAUAUGUCCACUGAUUCUCUUACUCUCUUCUCGAUGGGCACAACGCUUGGUGCAGUGCUUAUUGGAGCAACAUUGGCCUCGGCUCUAUUCGGCGUGACCACCAUGCUGUUUUUCGUGUAUUACAAGCGGUACUCUCAGGAUCGAUGGUUUUAUCGAAUUUCCCUCGCUAUACUCUGGGUCUUUGAUGCUCUACAUUUUGCUUUAGCGCUUCACAUCCUGUACUUCUAUCUAGUUGACUCCUUUGGAGACUCUCCGGCUUUAUUGAACAUGGUGUGGAGUUUCAAGCUUGACUUUUCUACUCACCUUGCAAUUCUUAUGGGUGUUGACAUCGUCUGCGUUGUACGGUUAUGGAUCCUCGGACGUUUCUUUCACCGAAUCGUACCGUGGAUUGUCAGUUUUACAGUCGCGGGUGUCGUUGCUGUUCUAAUUUUCUUGAUUUAUGAGGUGUACACCAUUUCAAGCUUCCAUCAAUUCAGUGAUAUAUCAAAGAUAAUGGACGGGGCAUUGGCUGUCGGAGCAGCUGCUGACUUAGCCAUAUGUCUUGCAACGAGUUAUUAUUUAUACAAGAGCAAAGCGGUUACCAUAUCUUCUAGAACGAGCGGACCUCUGCUCGUCUUGAUGCGGCUCGUGUUGAUAUCCGGGCUGGCUAAAACUGCCGCCUCGAUUCUGAUGCUAGUAGUAUUUCUCACCUUUCCGAACACUUUGAUUUUUGUUGCAAUUGGUUUUCCCAUACCAAGGCUAUACAUAAUCACUCUGUUGACAAUGCUUAAUGCAUGGACUCCUCGGCCGGGUGAUAGAUGCGGUCAUGCAAACUUUUGCCUGCCAUUGAAAACCAACGAAAUGAGCAAUCUACCUUUAAACUUUUCGGAUGUCACUGUAGUUGACGAGCAAUUGAUGGUGGGAUGGAGUCUUCAUGACCAACCAGGCGGCAGUCCGAACAUUUAGAACAAUCUCCUGGUGAUUUUGUCAGUUUUUUUCUACCAGAGUCACUAAGGUUAACUUACAUAGGUGCCGUCGAUUUACAAUGUCGUUGAUUGGCGUCGAUAGUACCGGUAGGGCGAUGGGUUCUAUAUAAUAUAUAUAAAACCAUUUGUGAACUUGGGCUUGGACGUACAAUUGUCCCCAUUGUAAACACUGGUUAGGCCAGUAUUAAAAGAGCGGCGGCAGCUUUGUUACCCUCGAGUACCUUUCCCAUGUUUCCGUAAAGUCCUGCCAUUGAAAGUAUUAGAUUCCUUGACCAAAGGUCGCGGGUCAGGAUCCUGAACUGCGACGUCGCGAUGAAAGCCUACAUGAUGUCCCAGACAAGCCCAGUUUCCCGGAGUUAAGUAUACUAAA